CGGCUGGACUCUCUCAGCCAUUGAAGCGUACAUCAGCUCUACGCCCUUUGCCAUUGCCGCGAUCCAAGAGUUGACGACGUAUUCAUCCGCCGGCGUCUUCCCGCAGCCCGAGAGUUUAGAUCUAUGCAAGAGGCUGAUCGGAUCUGCCAUCUCGGCCAUGGACAUCGCGACGCUGUACGACCGGGACGCCCUCAGGGCGGAACAACCACGCUCAUUCUACUACCACGCCCCUCCGGCAGUCACUCCCGAGCAGCGCAGCCGCUUUAUCAAUUGGGCCACACUUUUAAGCAUCUUCGAGAACUGCCUCGCCCACGGCUGGGACGACCUCCUCAUGACUGCCUCCCUCAAAAUCGCCGCUCAAGCACCCUCCAUUCCGUCCAUCGCCUUCCCCCGCCUCUGGCUCUCCUUCCUGAAACACCUCCCCCGAGCGCUCUCGGGCUCUCCCUCUCCGCGCCACAAACAGCUCGUCCUUUCCCUUCUCGAGUCGUACCUCACCAACUGGGUCGGCCCGCAGCCACCUCAAUAUUCACAGCCCGACCUGUCCGUCCCCGGGCUGCAUGGCUUACAGUUCGUGCAACGACUGCGACGCCCUUAAAUCCUUUCUCGAAUCGCGGGACAAGCGAGUCGGCCGCUUUGAGAUGGGCAGGAAACGGAGGCAGCAUCUGCACAAUAUCCUGGAUCGAUUGCUGUCCGGGAGGGUCGGUGUCACAGUCACCCACGUCACGGACCGGUUGGCGUAUCCCUAGACGCUGGUGGUGACUAAGGUCAACGCGGAUAGGGGGUUCGGAUGAGGAAGGCGUGGGAGGAGAAGGUGGAGAUGGCGCAGCGGUGGAUUCAGGAACAGAAUAAACGAGGGGAGGUUUGCAAAAGCGCUUGGUGAGGCAGACUAUCAGGCUAUUCUGAAGAUAGAGGUUCUGGGAAGCAAGGGAGGAGGUGUGUUAGCUAAGGGUGCUGCUCCUCCUGCUGGUGUCACUGGGAUAAAGCGCAGGGCUGAGGGUGCUGAGAUAAACGUGUGUGGGGAAGGGCAGCUGGGCCGUAGAAUCUGGUGACACCUGGAGAGCUUCGUGUAAUUGUUAUGUGCUGCAUGUUCUCUUAAUUGUCAUUUUGUGUAUAUUAUUGUUCCUAUCUUGUGC